AUGGCAUCAAUGAUGUCAAAAGGUGAUGGUCGUUUAGGUGCACCUGGUUUAGCAGGACCCGUAGGUGCACCUGAGGUAGUGGCAAUAGACUCUGCAUUUGAGAUGGAAGCAGAGGAGAAUGUCAUAGAAGAUGACUUAGAAUUCACACCACUUGUGGAAAUUCGUACCUAUUUUCCUGAAACAUGGCUGUGGCAAUUAGAAACAGUUGGUGAUAAUGGGGAAGUUGAUGUCAAUGUAGAAGUACCACAUACAAUAACAGAAUGGAUUGGUAGUGGGUUUUGUACCUCUUCACAGUUUGGUGUUGGUGUAUCAGAUACGACAACGUUAACAGCUUUCCAACCAUUUUUCCUCUCUUACACUUUGCCAUAUUCUGUAAUUCGAGGAGAGAAAGUACCAGUGUUGAUAUCAGUCUUCAAUUAUUUAUCUGAAUGUUUAACUAUAGAGCUGGUAUUGACAGAGACAGAUGAAUUUGAGAAUAUGGAAAACUCGGCUACAAAACAAGUAUGUGUAUGCGGCGGAGAAUCAAAAGCAGUUACCUAUCAGAUUGUACCAAAGACCUUAGGUGAAAUUCCAAUCACAGUACAUGCUGAAUCUAUUGACAAUACCAUUUGUGAUAAUAACGCAAUAAUGAGCAAUCGUGUUGGUGUACGAGAUGCCUUAUCCGAUGAUUUACUUGUAGAGCCAGAAGGUAUUGAACAGGAAUUUACAUACAGUAAUUUCAUUUGCAAAGAAGAAAAUGAAGAGUUUGGCAUUUUCCAAAUAGAGCUUACUUUGCCAGAUGAUGUUGUGAAGGGAUCUGCCAGAGGUACAGUUUCUAGUAUUGGUGACUUAAUGGGUCCUACUCUAUCUGGGCUGGACAGGUUGUUAAGGAUACCAUGUGGAUGUGGUGAACAGACUAUGGUAACAUUCUCACCCAAUAUAUUUGUUCUUCAGUAUUUAACUGCAACAGAACAAGUUACUGCAUCAAUCAGCGAGAGAGCUAUCACCAACAUGAGAAGUGGAUAUCAACGAGAAUUGACAUAUCGUCAUGACGAUGGUUCGUACAGUGCAUUUGGAGAAAGAGAUCCUGAAGGAAGCACAUGGUUAACUGCCUUUGUAGUGAAAUCAUUUGCUCAAUCCAAACAGUUUAUAUUCAUUGAUGAUGAUGAUCUCAGUAUGAGCAUUGAGUGGUUUAAACAGCAACAGAGAAAAGACACUGGAUGUUUUAUCAAACGUGGAAGUGUACACAAUAAACGACUGAAGGGUGGUGUAUCAAACGAUAUUUCACUGACAGCAUUUGUAUUAAUUGCUAUGCUGGAGGCAGGGAUUCCAAAUAAUGAUUUCAGUGUACAAUUAGGCUUGAAGUGUUUGGAAGACAAUAUGAAUGAACUAAAUGAUGUUUAUCCUGUUGCUAUUAUUACCUACGCAUUUGCCUUAGCUGGGAGUGAACACAAAGAAUUUAUGAUGCAGAAGUUGAAUGAAUUGGCAACUGUUGAAGGACACUAUCCUUGCUCUCCAAGUGCUGGCACAGUAUUCUGA